AUGAGCGCCGGUCCUGAGGAAACCGUCCCCGCUCCCGGUCAAUGGCCGGUCGACCCCCAGGAGGACGUUCCUAUCUCGGAGGACCGCAUCUGGGUCGACGGAUGUUUCGAUUUUAGCCAUCAUGGUCAUGCGGGUGCGAUGCUCCAAGCGCGUAGGCUGGGAACGGAACUCUACGUCGGCGUGCACUCCGACCAAGCCAUCCUCGAGAACAAGGGUCCGACGGUGAUGACGUUAGACGAGCGUGUAGCGGCGGUGGAAGCUUGUCGCUGGGUGACGCGGUGUGUCCCCCACGCGCCGUACGUGACAUACCUCCCGUGGGUCUCGCAUUAUGGGUGCAAGUAUGUCGUGCAUGGAGACGAUAUCACCUCCGACAGCAACGGCGACGACUGCUACCGGUUCGUCAAGGCCGCGGGGCGGUUCCGCGUGGUGAAGAGAACCCCCGGGAUCUCCACGACGGAUCUGGUGGGUCGCAUGCUGCUGUGUACAAAGGGGCAUUUCGUCAAGAAUGUGAACGAUAGUCUCGCCGGUGUGGAAGGCUCUGGGAGCCCGCAAGAGCGGAAAGAGGCUGCCGACAAUCUGAUGCAGAGGAUCCGCGACUAUGCUACUGACGAAAGUGGUCUGCAACCGGGUCCGCAGGUUUGGAUCUGGGCUGGUUCUAGUUCUGCAAAGCUUGACAACACGGUGCAAGAGCCGGGUACGUUUGAAACGCUCGUGGGCGGAAAAUCAGUCAAACCGGGCCAGCGCAUUGUCUAUGUCGAUGGGGGAUUCGACCUCUUCUCUUCCGGACAUAUCGAGUUCCUCCGACAAGUGCUAGCACAGGAGGAGUCGGAGGGUCGCCAGCGGGGCUGGUACAACCCGGAGCAGAGGGAGAAACGGCUGAAAGAGCAUGGGGAAGACUAUGGGCCUGCUUUCGUCGUUGCGGGUAUCCACGACGAUGAUGUGAUCAACCACUGGAAGGGGCUCAACUACCCUAUCAUGAACAUCUUUGAACGUGGUUUAUGCGUGCUCCAGUGUCGUUAUGUCCACGCUGUCGUCUUUUCUGCGCCCUUCUCCCCGACGGAGCCGUACCUGAAAGCGUUGCCCAUCGGCGUGCCAGAUGCCGUUUACCAUGGACCGACAACCUUCAUUCCCCUGACGUACGAUCCCUAUGUCGCGCCGAAGCGCAUGGGAAUCUUCCGCGAAACGUCCACCCACGCCUUCCAGCAUGUCAAUGCCGGCGAGAUCGUCGGACGAAUCUUGAAGAGCCGGGAAGCGUACGAGGCGCGCCAGCGCGCCAAGCUGGAGAAGGCCGUGGUCGAAGACCUGGCCAAGGCGAAAGAAGCCUCGACGUAG